UAUGAUAACAUUAAAAGUAAAAAACUGCAUGGAAAUUUUAACAACGUACGAUUAAGCGAAGCCGCGAAGGGUCAUUUUGAUUUCUGUUACUUCUGAAACUUCGAAAUCCUAAAACGAAAAGAUGCCAGUUCCAAGUUCGAGUCUUUAUGCAGGCCAAGGUAAACCAUCAUGUUACGACAGAGUAUCGACUUCAUUUAUGAUGGGAGCCACGAUCGGAAUAACUAUUGGAAUUUUGUUCGGUGGUUUAGGAGGCUUAAGGUCAGGGUUCAGGGGCCGAGAGCUCAUUGGCAGUAUGGGCAAAACUAUGCUGCAGAGUGGCGGAACAUUCGGAACGUUUAUGGGUGUUGGUGCUGCCCUUAGAUGUUGAUUAAUAAUUAAUUGUUUAUUUUUAGAUACAUUUCUUUUUUAAUACUAUAUUGAUGUAAAACUUUAUCUCUGAUACCAACUACAAUAAAAAAUACAUUUUUGUUUAGUAAA